AUGGAGAUUCAGCAUCGCAAGCGAGCGGCUAUUGCCUCGUCCUUCUUCCCUGUAGAUGAAAGUUUACUCCCUCAUCUAAACAUUUCAUCGGAACAACAUGAAGAACUUCGCCAAUAUGCUCUCCAAGCAGCUCUAGAUACCGUGCGCGAUGGACCAACGUGGGGUCGCUCUAAUAUCGAGCAUGCUGUAUCUAGUGGCUGGAAGGUGCUCUCUGCUCGACCGACAGCCUGCUUUUUAAUCAAACAACGAACUAGGAAAGGGAAAAGCAAACAUGUGCAGACACAACAGUCGAGUGAACGGCUACAGAUGGAUUUUAAUAAAAACACACCGCGUGUUCCGAUCACAAGUCUUGGUACUUUUAAUGGCAGUGAAAUUGACAUUGGUCAAACAAGUGUUCAACAGCGCACAACGCGUGAGCCAUUAGGAGCUACCAGUGGACAACAUUUUAUGGCACAUGCUGUGCUACCAAACUCAUUAGAAGAUGUUAUGAACACGCUAUAUUGUGAACAUACACGAGAAAUGCGUGCAAUGAAACGAAAAAUGUAUGGUGAGGCGGCAUUAGAUUGUUGUGUCUUACAGACACUUGAAGGUGCUACACUUGAGGACCCAUUCUGGUAUUUAGGUCUUAAGUGGGUAGCGUUACGCUCACCAAUGCACGCAUUGUUGGCAAGUCGCGAAUUUGUAUAUCUGGAACACCUUGGCACCCACAUAGAUCCUAAUACAGGGCGUCGAAUGCUGUAUCGAGUGACACAAUCUGUCCACGUUCGAGGAUAUGGAGGGCGUGACUCGUACUUCGGACUAACACGAGGCCAUAUUGAAGCUGCUUUUGUGUAUUGGCUGGACGACGAUAAUGAGGUGAGAAAUCCACUCUUACACGUUUGCGUUAAAGGUCGUAUUCACAUGAAAGGAAGCAUGCCAGAUGCUCUCGUGUAUAAGUAUCUUAAGUCAUUAUGGCGUUCAGAGCGCUCUUUGUUUCCCGCUGAACGAUUAUCCAUGAGUAUAUCUAUUGUUGGCGGGGACCACGCAUCAAAGAUAUCACCUAAGAAGAAGAAAAAGUCAAGACAACGUAAAAUUCCAAAUGGACCACCACUCGAAAUGGCACAUGAAUGGGUCGCAGAUGAGCUUCGUCCAAAUUGCUCGGUGUGCAACAAGAAAUUUCGUCUUAUAAGUCGCUUUAAACACCAUUGCCGCGCUUGUGGUGAAGUCAUCUGUCGUGAUUGUACAUUCCGUCAUCGUGUCAAUGUUCGUGCUACUCAAAGUUUUCGUGGUUUACGAGCCACUGGAACUCCAUCUCGUGAUCUCGCCUCAGAGUUUAAAACAGCCAAAAAAACAUCUUUGCCCCUUAAUUUCGAAGAAACAAUGACAUGUAGCUUUGACAAACAAGUGGAGGAUGAAGAUGGUAUUCCAGGCGAGUAUGAUGCAAGUCUGAGCAUAGUAAAUGCGAGAAAGGCAGUGGACAGUCCGACGGAGACUGCAGUGCUAGGAGGCGACUCUGUCGUAUGUGUUGUGAUGGCUAAAGUCUGUCUUAGCUGUCUACACAGCGUUCCACUUGCAAACAGAUCAUUGCAACAGAGAAGACACAGCGAAAUGGCGUUUAGUAAGGCACUUUCUGGCGCAAUCACUAAUAAUUGCACAGAUUUAAGACUGAAUGAAAAUUACCGACUGCAUCGUCAAAGUUGGGCACCAAAUUAUAAAGAAGUUGAAGAGCUAGACAGUCUGGAUGAUGAACAAAGUCAAGUUGAUGGAAGAGAGCAAGACCUUCCGAUGCUCGUUGUAGAUGACGAGGACACUCAGAGUGUUGAUGGUGUUAACGGGGUUAGAAGAAGACCGGGCUCAUAUUCUAUUGACGGCAGACCUAGAAUGACUUCUUUGAAUGUUCGACGUCAAUCGUAUGGUCAGGAAUGGUCUGAACAGGAAGACGGCACUUUGGAUAGUCAUGCCAAUAAUAAACGCGUGAUGAUUCUUUCACCUCACGCCUUAUCAACGUCAUCCUCCAUCACAUCCACACAGCUCAAUCAGUUUAUGGAAAGAACUGAGAGCAGCUACGCAAGUAGCGGGCACUCUCGACGUGUUAUUUCCAGUGACACUGACAAUGAGAGUAACUAUUCCAUUCAAUUUUAUCCAACGCAAGUUAAAUGCGAAGAACCUGAAGACAGUCAAGGACGUCCGAGCAGCUGCACUGCAGACUUUGAUCCAAACAGUCUUUUCAAUAUACCGAGUGAAGAACAUGAACUCGCUGCAGUAGCUAAUGCAACCGUGACCGCGACCGAGCGCGUAAUGCGCCGUAUGCGCGAUCUACAAAAUGAUUCCGUUUAUCAAACUCGUUAUGUUCCAUCGCCAUCAAUGUCAACAACUUCUUUGUGUAGCGAUGAUGAAGACCUGUGCAACGAAAUCGAUGAGUCCAUGCAAGAUCUCCGCCAAGCUCUUGCAAAAGUAGAAAACUCACUGGCGGAUCAAGCUCGUAUCCUCUUGACAAUUGAGCAAGAAUGCAAAAAAGAGGGUCGGGCAUCUACUGCUGCUACUGUCCAAGCGUAA